UGCUGUCAAAAUGUCAGCAAGCGGUUUUCGGGGAAACAAGAAACAAUAUAAGCGGAACGCUGUUUUGUGUUAGUUUAUGCACCCGGUUUAAUGGUAAAAGUGGCUUUUUCCAUAAAUUAAACUAUCCGCUGUUUGGAACAUCUUGUUGGAUCGUCUUCACGGCAGUGUUUUCAGUGCUAGUUUGUUAAUUACAAACAGUUCUAAAGUGAUACGUGCGCGUAGAGUGAAAUUGUUCGCCACCGGAUAAAAUAUGGCUGCCCAGAUUGAGGGUGUUUUCGAGUCGGGACUGCAGAAAAAAAUCACCGAAUCGAAGGUGUUGGUUGUUGGAGCCGGUGGAAUUGGGUGUGAAAUAUUGAAAAAUCUUGUAUUAACAGGAUUCCAGGACAUAGAGAUCAUCGACUUGGAUACGAUUGAUGUGAGCAACCUAAAUCGUCAAUUUUUGUUCCACAAGGAGCACGUUGGGAAGUCGAAGGCCAACGUUGCCCGUGAGAGUGCGCUCACUUUCAACCCGAAUGCAAAAAUCAAAGCAUACCAUGACAGUAUUACAACCAAUAACUAUGGCGUAAAUUUCUUUCAACGCUUUUCGAUUGUACUGAAUGCGCUGGAUAACCGUGCCGCACGCAGUCAUGUCAAUCGUUUGUGCUUGACGGCUGAAGUGCCGUUAAUAGAAUCAGGUACAGCCGGAUACAACGGUCAAGUGGAACUGAUCAAGCGAGGUCUUACAAAAUGCUAUGAGUGUAGCCCACAACCAGCUCAAAAAACCUUCCCAGGGUGUACGAUAAGAAACACUCCAUCAGAGCCGAUUCACUGCAUUGUUUGGGCCAAACAUCUGUUCAACCAAUUGUUUGGUGAAAGUAAUGAGGAUGAAGACGUUUCUCCUGAUACGGCUGAUCCGGAAGCCGGUGCGGAUGUCGGUCAAUCAGCGCUGGAGAAAGAUGCAAACGAAAAGGGAAACGUUGAUCGGGUUAAUACGCGUGCAUGGGCGAAGCAAUGUGGAUACGAUCCGGAGAAGAUUUUCAACAAACUUUUCUUCGACGAUAUCAACUAUCUGCUGAGUAUGUCCAAUCUGUGGAAGAACCGUAAUCCACCGAAGCCCGCGAAAUGGGACACGCAGCAAGAGGACGCGAAGGAUGGUACCAUUAUUGAGGAUAGUGUUGUACGUGAUCAGAAAGUGCUCAGUGCGGUGGAAACUGCAAAGGUGUUUGCUGACAGUCUUAAAGCGUUGGAAACGGCAUUCACUAAGCUACCAGAGGGAGACCACCUCGUUUGGGAUAAGGAUGACAAGGAAGCGAUGGAUUUUGUGGCUGCGUGUGCUAACAUUCGUGCGCAAAUCUUUGACAUUCCCAGAAAGAGCCGUUUCGAGAUCAAAUCUAUGGCCGGAAACAUUAUUCCGGCGAUUGCGACUACCAACGCUAUUACGGCCGGCAUUGUCGUAAUGCGUGCAUUCCGUUUGUUGCAGGAAGAGUACGAAAAGUGCCAAACGGUGUACGUUAGAUUGCGGGUAAAUGGCCGGAACCGGUUCAUCGUGCCGGAAACCGAAAUCAUGCCACCGAACCCGAAAUGCUACGUUUGUGCCGCCAAACCGGAGGUUGUCCUGAAGCUCGACACAAAGAACUUAACCGUGCGCGAGCUUCGUGACGAUAUUCUGAUCAAAGCACUAAAUAUGGUCAGUCCGGAUGUCACUCUGGAUGGUAUGAAUUCGAUUGUAAUUUCUUCCGAAGAGGGAGAAACCGACUGUAACAAUGAUAAAACACUGGAAGAGAUGAAAAUUGUCGACGGGUGCAUUCUAAAGGUGGACGAUUUUCUGCAAAACUAUGAGCUGAGUAUUACGGUUCUGCACAAGGAUCCGGGUCGCGAGGAGGACCCGUUCGAGAUUGUUGCCGAUCCUAAUUCGUUGAAACCGAAGGAAGAGGAAAGUGUGCCUUCGGCGGCCCCACCACUAGAUGAUGCGCAACCUUCCACAUCUAAAGGUCUGAACGGGUCUGCGAAUGGUAAGAAAACUACCACCAAUCAGAUUAUAGAUGAGGACGAUGAUGACCUGUGCAUAGUCGAGGAGCCGGAGGACAAUGUCGAAAAACCGUCCACGUCAAAGGCCCACACCACAACACCGAGCAAGAGCGUGGAUAAGCGAAAGCAUGCCCCAGCAGAGGAUGAACCAGCGCACAAAAAGGCGAAAAUGGUGUCACACGAACCACAACCGGUGGAUGACGAUGAUGAUUUGAUCAUCAUGGAAUAAGUAGGUGGUAAGGUUUAUACAUAGGUUGUAAAAGUGCGAACGCACACGUUCUUAUCAAUCCAUCUCAUUAUGAUCGAUAUCACUACACUAACAACUGUAUUUUCGUAUGAGUAGAAAAUCUCCAUAAUAAAUUUAUUCAGCAGUGCAGCAAAUGCAAAAUGUUUAAGAAAAA